UAAGUAAACUAAUAAACUUAUAAAUUUAAUUUAUGAGGUGUAUUCAAUCUAAAGUUUGAGGUAAUUUGAUUUUUAAUGAAAUUUUAGAUGAUUUCAAUGAAUUAGAGAAUCUGAGGUGAUUUUUGUUAAACUGCUAUAGAAUAUUACCUAAAACCAUGAGAUUUAAAUUUUACUUUUUAAAAUCCUACAACUUAAAAUAUUUUUAAUAACAGUGUAUUUCAUAGUAUUUUAUGAAAUGUUAGGUUCAAUAACAAAUAACAGUAGAGUUUAAAUGAGUUUUGUAAAAGUGGAUUUGUCAUUUUAAUACAUAAUACAUUAUUUUUAUGAUAUUUUCAAUCUGUAUAAUAUUUAAUAUAAUUAAAUUUCCUUGCGUAAAACAUUAAUGCAGAUUCAAUCAAACCAAUGGCCUAAGUCGGUUUUCACAAAGACAAAACAACACUUUAUUAAGAGAGAUGUAAAUAUGUUUAGAAAAUUUAAUAAUACCGUAAUUGUUUUCUACAGCAAUACCUUAUUUGAUUUUCAGGAGCACAAUGGUGUUUGAUGUGUAAUUUAUCAUUAUAUAUUUUACGUCUUUUCAAUGUAACUAUAAAUGAAUUUUGUUAAAAAAAACUUUGGUUAGUGUUAUUUAAUAAAUAACGAAAUUUAACGCAAAGCAAAUGAUAUCUUUUUCAAGAAAAGAUUGUUUUCCUAAAUAUGAUAUCAAAAAGGGAUUUGUUUACUAAUACACAAUUUGACUUACUGAAAAGCCUUAAUGACUUCCCGAUUUUACCAAUAAAUCACUCAUCACUGUUUAGUCUUAAAUUUUGUUUCUAUGGUAUUUUCAUGUAAUAUAAGGCAUGGUUGAAAUCAUUUUAUAAUGUAAAGACUACUCUCUCUCUCUCACUCACCCAACUCUAUAUAUAUAGUUUCUCUUUCUUCGGUUUUCGUAUCAUCGAACCUUCCAUUGUUUUCCCCUUUCUCGUUCUCGCUCUUCAAACCAGAACACAAGAUACAGUCACUGUCUCAAAAUUCUAACGAAGAUCAAAACAGAAGCCAUGGUUUCUCUGCUUACAAUGUCGACAAGCGGUGCUAUAACAUAUCCUCAAGCCCAAAGUGAUUUAUGCAUGAGGCCCAUCAAAAGACAGCCGAAAAUUAAAUGCACGGUGCACAUCGACGUAACCGACCAACCCCUAAAACGUUCUUCAUUUACACCCAGAACCACUGCGACGCCGCCGCCGCAGCAUAAUUCCCUCCGACUAAACAUCUUCCAGAAAGCGGCGGCGAUUGCUAUCGACGCGGCUGAGCGCGCGUUGAUCUCCCACGAGAAAGAUACUCCUCUUUCCAAAACCGCCGAUCCAAGUGUUCAGAUCGCCGGUAAUUAUUUUCCGGUAUCGGAAUGUCCCGUCCGACAGUUUCUCACCGUCGAAGGAACAAUCCCUGACAGCAUUGACGGAGUUUACGUCCGUAACGGCGCAAAUCCAAUGUUCGACCCGAUCGCUGGACACCAUUUAUUCGACGGAGACGGAAUGGUUCACGCCAUUAAAAUAACCAACGGUUCAGCAAGCUACGCAUGCCGGUUUACAAAAACCGAGAGAUUGAUUCAGGAAAAACGAUUGGGUAGACCGGUUUUCCCGAAAGCAAUCGGGGAGCUUCACGGCCACUCGGGAAUCGCACGUCUGAUGCUUUUUUACGCACGUGGGCUUUGCGGUCUCGUCAACAACCAAAACGGCGUCGGAGUGGCGAAUGCCGGUUUGGUUUACUUCAAUAACCGGCUAUUAGCAAUGUCAGAAGACGAUUUACCGUAUCAAUUAAAAAUAACUCAAACCGGCGAUCUCGAAACCGUUGGGCGUUACGAUUUCGACGGUCAGUUAAAAUCCACGAUGAUCGCCCACCCGAAACUCGACCCGGUUACGAAGGAGCUCCACGCGCUAAGCUACGACGUCGUGAGAAAGCCUUACUUGAAGUACUUCAGAUUCUCGCCGGACGGCGUUAAAUCACCGGAAGUAGAGAUCCCGCUCGAGACUCCGACGAUGAUUCACGAUUUCGCUAUAACGGAGAACUUCGUGGUGAUUCCGGAUCAACAAGUCGUGUUCAAGCUAGGGGAGAUGAUGGCCGGAAACUCGCCGGUGGUUUUCGACGGCGGAAAGGUUUCGCGACUGGGGAUAAUGCCGAAAGACGCGACGGAGGCUUCCGAGAUAAUCUGGGUGAAUUCGCCGGAGACGUUCUGUUUCCACCUCUGGAACGCGUGGGAAUCGCCGGAGACUGAGGAAGUGGUGGUGAUCGGGUCGUGUAUGUCGCCGGCGGAUUCUAUCUUCAACGAGAGAGACGAGAGCUUGAAAAGCGUCUUGACGGAGAUCAGGAUAAACCUCAGGACGCGUGAAUCCACGCGUCGCGCCAUGUUGGUCGACGAGUUGAAUUUAGAGAUCGGUAUGGUUAACCGAAACCGGUUAGGUAGGGAAACCCGGUUCGCGUUUCUGGCUAUCGCUGAUCCUUGGCCGAAAGUCUCCGGUUUCGCUAAGGUUGAUCUUGUCACCGGCGAAAUUGAAAAGUACGUUUAUGGCGAUGAGAAGUACGGCGGAGAACCAUUUUUCUUGCCUAGUGGCUCCGUUGACGGUGGAGAUAAUGAAGAUGACGGUUAUAUAUUCUGUCACGUUCACGACGAAGAGAAAGAGACGUCGGAACUUCAGAUUAUUAACGCCGUUGAUUUAAAGCUUGAAGCUACGAUUAAACUACCGUCUAGAGUACCGUACGGUUUUCAUGGUACGUUUGUGGAUGCAAGUGAACUCGUGGACCAAGUAUAAUACUUAAUGUAAUUUGUAGGUUUUGAUAUCGAUUAUUAUUUAUUUCUAACUAUUUGGCCUCAUCUGGACGGGCAUCGUUUUGACAUAUUUUCGUAACUUUACCAUACAAAUAUACAAUACAACUCAAAAUAAAUAUAUGAAAGAAAAUAAAAAUUUAGUAACCUUAAGCACAAAUAAAGUGGAUACAAAAAAAACUCAAUAACAAUGUUAAGUAUACAUAUUUGAUUGUCGUGUUUCACAAUAUAAAACUAAUUAAUAAUAUCAAUUUACAUAAGGAUCUUUUAAAUUAUUAUCUUGUACCAUGUAAUAUAAAUUGCUAAUAUAUAUAUGGAUCUUGCUUAUCAUUUGCCUUUCAUGCAUGCAUUGACGACUCUUGUAUGAAUAAAUAAACUUAGCUGUAUCACUACAAAAGAUGACUAGCGCAAUGACGAAACAGUAGAAAUGACGAUCAUAACAAUCCAAUGUAGAUUACUCGUACGCAUAUACAUAGAAAACACCCGAACCAGCAAAAGACUGUUGAUAUAUGACCCAUAGAUCUCGAAAUUUGUAUUUGAUGGGCAACAAAUUCGUGGUACUAAGUGAAGCCACGUAUGAAAUAUGAAUCAUAUAUUACUAUACAAUCACUAUACUGUAAAAUCGUAUAACUAGAUAUCUACGUAUAUAUGUAUAUACGGACACAAUCGGUGUGAUUGUCAGAUGAAUGCAUCUGGAUGAUGUCAUGGACCUCAUGUUGUUUACAAACGUUGCAUAGUUAAUGCAACCACGUUGUAGUAACAUUUUUCGUUUUCAUUCAAAGUAAUUAGACAAAAUUGUGUUAUGUUUGAUGGUCGUCGUCAUCCAAAACAAAUAGUCAUAGAGUGAAGGUACAACCAUCAGUUUUGUUCGUUCCAUAUAUAGUUCAAAAUCAGAAACGUCUG